AUGGUGGAAGGCAUAUCUAAUGGUUAUAACUUGAUCCCACAAGAUUGGAAGGAUUUGUUUCGUAUGCUUCUCACACCAGCACAAUAUAUUGUUUGGAAUGCAGAAUACCAGACAGAAGCAAUUCAUGCAGGAAACAAUUCAGGAGGUUUAUAUAUACCAGACCAACUGUACGGAGUUGGUGCUUUUACUACAAUACAGCAACAAGCCACAGGCACACCCCCGCCAGCCUACUCCGUGAUAGGGCGUUGUGUGAUCAAAGCAUUUAAGAGAGUGCCAGUUUCAGGCAAACCUAGCAAGUCUUUUGCAGCAAUUCGGCAGAAUGCUGGUGAAACAUAUUCUGAUUUUAUUGAUAGAUUGCAAGAAGCUAUUCAGCGGCAAGUAGAUAAUGAGGAAGCUAGCGGAGAAUUAAUGAAAAGGCUAGCCUACGAACAUGCUAAUGCUGAUUGCCACUGCGCAUUGCAAUCUAUUGUUAAUAGAGGAGAUUACACCUUGGCUGACAUGUUGAAAGCAUGCGCUGAUAUAGACACAAAUGUUCAUCAAAUGGAUGCUUUAACAGCUGCCUUACAAAAAGGAAAGUUUGGCAAGCCCAAAGGAACCAAGGGGAUUUUUGUCAUCCCUGGAGUCAUUGACUCAGAUUAUGAAGGAAUACUUAUGAUACAAUUUGAAAUAAAUGUGCCCAUGACUUUAAAACAAGGAGAUUCUUGGGCACAAUUGGUAAUUGUUCCAUAUGUAGUACCAGCAGGAGUAUGGCAAUCUACUACACCUGUGUGGAUUGAGCAAUGGCCUUUAACGCAAGAGAAACUUAUAGCCUUACAUGAGUUAGUGAGAGAACAGCUAGCCGCUAACCACAUUGAACCCACUACAAGUCCAUUUAAUACGCCAGUUUUUGUAAUAAAGAAGAAAUCUGAAUCUGGUCUUUUUGGUGUUCCACUCUUGGUUUUGCUAGAAUAUGAUCAAAAGAGAAUUCCAGGUAUCCGGACACCAUUUAUCUUUCAAAAACUCAUUUCUCAGAUAGAAGGGGGAAAGCUGGAAACAGAAGGAUUGCUUCGAAUACCAGGAGUUGCUGCUAGGGUGAAGAACCUUUGCCAAGAGCUGGAAUCAAAGUUUUACGAAGGGACUUUUAACUGGGAUAGUGUCAAACAACAUGAUGCAGCCAGCCUUCUGAAACUCUUCAUCCGAGAAUUACCACAACCCUUGUUUACUGUGGAGUAUCUUAAGGCUUUUCAGGAUGUGCAGAGUAUUGCUUGAAUUUCUUCAAAGAGUGAUCGAUCAUGGAGAUAAAAACAAGAUGAACCUAAAGAAUGUUGCCAUGGUUAUGGCGCCAAACCUCUUCAUGUUUCAUGGUUUGGGUGCCAAGCCCACAGAACAAAGCGAGUUUGUUAUGGCAGCUGGGACAGCAAACGUCAUGCGUUUUAUGAUUAAAUACCAGAAUCUUCUUUGGACUAUUCCUACGUUUCUUGUGAACCAAGUAAGAAAGCAGAAUGCUGAAAGUCAGAAGAAGGAACGAAAGGACAAAGCAAUGAGGAAACUUCUGAAAAAAAUGGCGUAUGACCGAGAAAAACAUGAAAAGCAAGAUAAAAGUAUCAGCGAUCAAAAGAGUGGCAAUGAUGCUGAUAUUCCAGAGGGAGUAAUACGGGUUCAAGCACCUCAUCUUUCCAAAGUUUCCAUGGCAAUCCAGCUGACGGGAGAGCUAAAAGCUGGUGAUAUCGUUGCCAGGUUCCUCAGCCAGAAAAGUGGAACUGUACAAAGUUUGAAGAAAGAAGAGCUGUUUUUACAUGAAGUAGGAGGAAAUAUUGGUGAACGAUGCCUAGAUGACGACACUUUCAUGAAGAACUUAUAUCAGCUGAACCCAAAUGCCGAAUGGAUUAUAAAAUCGAGAAAUGGCUGAAGUUCUGAAUCUAUAAAGAGACUUUCUGCAACACUGAUAUUCAGAUGCAGCAAAAAGACAUUGAAUUCAUUUGAGACUUAGAUGAGUUACCCUACUGAGGAGUAUCGUGCUACAGAGUCAGCCUUCUGCUUCUCUCAAGUAAAGGACAGCCACUGCAGCAAAACUAACAGGACAGGAAGCUUUCUGAUCUCACUGAUUUUGUUGGAAGGGACUGACUCUGCAGUUCUUGUUAUAAACACCACUGUGCCUUUGGUAUGGUCGUCUGGAUUAUUAUUUCCUUCAGGUGGCUCUUGACAGAGCCAGCACCAGUUUUCUUAAUAAAGAUGUUCAUUUAAACAUA